AUGAGUGUCUGGAGAAAACUGUGGAUUUUGCUAUUCGCGCUAUGGUUCCUGCUAAUAAUAAGCGCAUUGUUCAGUCGGUCCAGUCGUCAAUCUACAGAUAGUGUACAACUUCAACUACAGCCAGAUGCUGUUCGCAUAAGGCCAGAAGUUGUUCGUAUAAAGCCAGAAGAAACGGGAAACAAAAUUCUACCGGAUGACCUCCUCGCUCGCACAGAUAGCAAGUAUAUACUCUACAGACAGGCAAGGCAUGUAACUCGAGAGAUUCGGCGGCUGGCCAAGUCUCAAUUAUCGUCUUCAGGUGUGUCACCCAGUCAAAAGCUCUCACAAGAGGAGCUGCUCGACUGGUUUGCCAGAAUGUCUCUUCUUCUAGAGACUAAACUCACAGGCGCAAGUCGGGUGAAUGGACAGGCGGAAGAACUUAUAGCCCAACUGGAUGCUCUGUCGCAGAGUGUUCAACAGAAAAUCUUCCGACUGCAAAACCCCCCCGAUUGCCGGAGGGCCCGCUAUCUAGUCACCAGGAAUGAUAAACCCUGUGGUUUUGGCUGUCGCGCGCACCACUUGCUCUAUUGUUUACACAUUGCUUUAACUCUGAACCGUACUCUCUACAUAGAUGAAGACGUCAAGCAUACAAACUUCCUCCCGGCCACUGGCUGCAUUCCACCGCAGACCAAAGGCGAAUCAUUUACAUCGGGUAACAGAGACAGCCAAAUCUUGCACUGCCCAAUUAUUGACAUGAUCAGUUCCAACCUGGUGCCACAGGCUGUACCAAGGGACCUGGCAAAGGCACUUGCACCACUUCACGGAGCGCCCUUCCCGUGGUAUGCAGGGCAGCUUCUGCGCUAUCUGUUUCGUCUCAAAGAAGGUGAGUUCAAGAAGUCUGUGGAGGCUAACCUUAAGAGUCUUCGAACGGAGGCCCCAGUUGCAGGCUACCGACAGCCUAUUGUUGGAAUUCACGUAAGACGCACGGACAAAGUCGGCACAGAGGCUGCGUUUCACGCACUUUCGGAGUACAUGGUGCAUGCUGAGCGUUUCUUCCAGCAGAAGGAACUAGAGCGUCAAAUUGCAAAUGCUGACAACCACUGGACAGGGGACGUUCAUGCGCCUGUGGUCAAAAGUGAACUGCCUAAACGCCGCGUUUAUGUGGCUACUGAUGAUCCCUCUGUCUUUCAGGACGCCAGGAAGCAAUACCCCGAGUACGAGUUCAUUGGCAGCUCAGACCGAGCGGCCUCUGCUAAUGUAGGGAUGCGA